CGCUCCGAACGCUACUGAUACAGUUAACCAAUAAAUCCCUUACAAACAACAUUGCGGUGUAUUCAAAUAUCGAAUAAAAUUUAAAUCACCGUUCUCUUUUUUAUCAAUCGUUCUAUAGACUAUAGAAAAAAGAAAAGACAAUAGAAUUAAUUAUAGACUGUGUGUGAAUUGACAAUUGUGUAACGGUUGCUUUUGGACGGUAUUUAGUGGAAAUGAAAAGCUGGAGGGCAUUUUUGUGCAUAAUAAUACUCGUUGCAUUGCACGAAGCGUCCACUGCUCGGUUGCCCGUCCUCAGGCCGAUAUACAUAAGAGAUGAUAACGAAAUCCAAGUGGAUCCGGAGGUCCGUAUACCAGCGGAGUUAGUCCGCGCCCGGGUGCGGGAGGGGGUGCCCCCGCCGCUAUGCGCGGGCCGCUGCGCCGCGCCGCGCGCCGGCCCGGUCUGCGCAUUCGACGCGGCCGGCACGGCGCGCACCUUUGCUACAUUAUGCGAAUUGGAGGCAGUUUCGUGCCGUGAAAGUACAUAUUAUGCCAUCACGAGUCUUGGAGAGUGUUGAUUAUUUCCUAAAUUCCUGGUAUUUAAUCAGCUGCGACAACAUGACACCCUUCGUCCAUCAUUAUCGUAAUUAUUAAUAACAAUAAGAAAUAAUUUAAUAGGGCCAUAAUUUGGCUAUAGGUACUUAUUAGUAAUUCAUGCCUAAAUUAAUCAUGUCUAACAACUUUAUAUAACUUAAUGCAUAUAUUAUUUCUAUCAUGAUUUUUGUGUGUUGGCAACCAAAAUAAAUUAAAAUAGUAGGUAAAUCUGUGCCUAUGUAUUUCUUUUAUAUAUGUAUUGUUCCUAAUGCUCUAAUUAUAAAGUUAAAUUUAAUGUUAACAAUAUUAUUUUAUAUCAACUAUCCGUACCUUUCAUGAUUGCAAAGAAAUGUCUUAUAGCUGACAAUCAGUAAUUCCAUUUGUACCUAAUUUUAGAUAACUUCAAGCGAUGAUUCUUAUUUUGUGAAAUCAAAAAGUUAUAAGUAUUUAUAUAAUGUAUUAUUUCGGCCUAUUGAAAGUUCCUAAAUUUUUGUGUUUUUAUAUUAUGUGUUUUAUAAUAAUUAUUAAUGUCUUAAAAGUGUAGUAUUAAGAUGCAAUCUAGAAUAAGUAGAUCUGUUAUUUAUUGUACUAAGUACAUAACAAUAAACAUUGGAUUGUAUCACGGCACCAGUUAGUGUAUGAGAUUUCAAUAAAACUUUUUGCUACAUUUUAA